AUGCAGUGGUCUGCAGAUCUGACUGAACACGCCCAUAUCGCUGUCGUUAAGGUGCCUGCAAGAGCUGGAAAUAACUACAACUACGAUGUGCAAGAAGAUCGUGCCAUUGAUAUGGAUGAUGAAAGCAACAAUGAAGACAUUGAUAGCAAGACAGUUUGA